GAAUAUUAAAUGUUAAAUGGCAUCUCAUGCAGAAAUGCUGAUGUAGCAUGUUGCCCUGUGUUAUAGCUGGGAUGGCAUACUCUAUCAAAAGAACAAGUUGCUUGUGUAAUGACUUCCUCUCUCUAUUAUGUGUGUGUGUGUGUGUGUUGCGGAUUUGCUGGUCGAGCGCAUGCCUCCCUCUGCCUUGCUCCUUAUAGUGCCGGGCGGGAGGCAGGAAUUCUGACCGAGUGGUACGGACAUCGCCGCCGGAGACCACAAACACGAAGCUCUCCCUUUAAACAAGGUCUCAUGAUCGACAACUCUUUCAAUCAGUUGUCCUUGCGUGGAGGAUCAGGGCGAACGCACUUAAAGCAAAGCGCGUGAGUGACAGUGAUAGUGGAGCUGAACAUCAGGAGCAGCAGACACUCAAGGAAUCCAGAGGACGAGCCUGCAGAUUUUGACCUGUUGAUCAUGCAUCAGCUGUCUGUGACUUCCCUGAUCCUCUGUCUGUGGCUGCUGGAGCGCUGUCAUGGCAACAGUAGCUUGGGCAACAGCCUCAAUGAUCUACACACACAGUUUGGCGUCAGCCUCUACCAAACACUCACAGAGACAGAGAACAACUCCAACCUGAUCGUGUCUGCAGCCAGUGUCUCGUUGUGUCUGGGUCUUCUGCAGCUCGGUGCCAGGGGAAACACUCUAGCACAACUUGAGGGAACUCUGGGAUAUGACGUGAAUGAUGCUCGAGUGCAGGACAUUCUGUCUCGGCCACAAGGAGACCUGGGUAAUUCCAGUGAGGGGGUGCGGCUUCUGUUUAAGAUGCAGAGCAGGUUCAAUCUGAAGCCUGUUUUACAGUCUCUCGGUAUCUCUGAUGUCUUCAGUCCCUCAGCUGCUGAUUUUAGAGGCAUCUCAGAUGGGGAAGGGCUUUUUGUAUCAGAGGCUUUCCAUGAGGUAAGAAUAGAAGUGACAGAGCAAGGGACAAAAGCAGCUUCAGCUACAGCAAUGGUGCUAUUGAAAAGAUCCCGUUCAGCAGUUUUUAAAGCAGAUCGACCAUUUCUCUUUAUCUUACGGCAGAUCAGUACAGGUUCAUUGCUGUUUAUAGGUCGAGUUCUGAAUCCAGCCGAGAUGUCUUGAGAUGAUACAUGCAAUCACAACUGCUUCAAAUGAUAAUCACACAUAGGCGGAUACAUUUGCAUGAUUUUGCCAACUUAACUCACCCCUCCUCCCUCAUGGGUGGGGGGUCAGAGGGAUAUCUGAGGACUGUUAGGAGGGUCCCCUGAUGCUUCAGGAAGAGGGACGAGACUUUUGUACAUAUCUGUAAAUAAAAAUUUAAUUACA